AGAGGUGGAGAAGAAGAGUGAGGGAAGAGAGAGAGUUUGGUGAUCCGUUAAUUUCUGUUAGUAUAUGAACGAGUGAUAGCAGUGCAACAAUGGUGUCCGAUCAGGAUAUAACCGAAGCUUUACACUCUCUUCUUCGCGAUUCAAACCCUAACUUUCAAUUCAACUCUUUAGACGCCAUAGUCCAUCACAUGGAAUCCAACUUAGGGUUCGAUCUUACCCACAAGCUCGAUUUCAUUCUCAGUCAAAUCCAACUCUUCGUCCGAUCUCAUCCACCCCCUCAUAUACAACAACAACAACAACAACAACAACAUCUAAACCAAAAUCCUCUGGAUCCCCACCUCACUUCAUCCCAACUAACCCCGACUUUCCUCGGCCUUCACCAACAAACCCUUGAGAUAAAUUUCCAGUCGAACCAGUCUUCUCCACUGAAAAAAGCAGACGCCUUUACGAACCAUCUUGCUACCUCUGCUGAAUCUACUGUACCUGUGGAAUCUCCAAAGAAGAGGAAAAGAAAAGGUGGCCCUGGAGGAUUAAACAAACUUUGUGGGGUUUCACCUGAACUUCAAACCAUUGUGGGACAGCCAGAGCUACCUAGAACUGAGAUAGUGAAGCAGCUAUGGGCUUACAUAAAGAAGCAUAAUCUUCAGGAUCCAAGUAACAAAAGAAAGAUAAUUUGCAAUGAUGAGCUCCGUUUGGUGUUCGAGACAGACUGUACUGAUAUGUUUAAGAUGAAUAAACUGCUUUCUAAACAUAUUAUCACCCUUGAGCCUACAAAAGCAGUUGGUCAGAGCUCAAAAAAGGCGAAAAUAGAUGUUGAAUCACAUAGACAAACUCCAGAACCUGGACCAAUAGUCAUAAUUUCUGAACCUCUGGCCAAUUUCUUUGGUAUCGAUGGGAGAGAGAUGCCUCAAUCUGAGGUUUUAAAUCGAGUUUGGGAAUAUAUCAAAGUGAACCAGCUUGAGGAUCCGCCGAAUUCAAUGGUAAUAGUAUGUGAUGCAAAGUUUCAACAGCUUUUUGGAUGCACAAGAUUUUCUGCACUGAGCAUACCUGAGAAGUUGGCACCCCAUCACUUGUUCAAAAGAUCAUAACAAGUCUUACACAGCUGCUGAUAUUUAUUUGUUCCUUUCAGAAAAAUUGAUUUGACAAACGCUCUAACCUUUUAUCGCCUCCCUCUUUUGGUAUACAUAUUGACUUGGCUGCUGCUCUCUGUAAGUGCAUCUCUUAACAGCAAGAUGCGGAUUGAUUGAAUAGGAUGAUCUUGUAAUAUAUAAGAUUAAGGGUUAUCAGUAUAUGGUUACUGUUUCCAUUUGAAAAAAAGGGAAAUAGACCAAAUGUGCGCAAUACUUUUUUCAGAAGAAGCAAAUACCUACCUUAGUACCCUUCAAUUUUCGAUAAAUCGAUUGAAUAGACCAAUAGUAACUUCCAUAAUGACAUGUUUAACGACUAUUUGUA